CCGCCUCUCCCGGCCGGCCCUUCCUUCCCCGGGAGGCGGCGCAGGAGGCGAGGCGAGGCCGCGGCCGGAGGCCGGAAUUGCUGGCCGGGAAAGCGCAGAGCCCGCGCACCGUUUCCGGAGGCGCCGCUGCCGCUGCUGCCGCCCAGGGCUGGAGACGCCAUCCAGGGAAGCUGUUCUGUCAAGUGUUUUGAAAACAGCUGACGCUUCCGGAUAAUGUGCUGACGAGCAUUAUGGGCAGGCGGUACCCAGGAGCCCACUAUCGUCAAAGCAAUUCAUGUACGUAUGCAAAAACUUCCCCGGUUAACCGAGUUAGCAAAGCCCGACAAACCACGAUACGACCGCAGUUGAGCCCAACGUUUCUGUUAAGUUGAUUCCGGUGUGGAAACCUUGGCGGGGUUUAUGGCAAGUAACGGCGCGUCAGACGUUGUGAAUCGGAAUGGACCCGCCACGCCCCCCAACACCCUUCACCUGCGCUCCUCUCACAACGAACUGCUGAAUGCCGAAAUCAAGCACACGGAGGUCAAGAACGGCACCCCACCCAAAUGCAGGAAGAAAUACGCCCUGACCAACAUUCAGACAGCCAUGGGUCUUUCAGACCCUGCAGCCCAGCCUUUGCUGGGCAGCAAUUCCUCCAACAUAAAGCUGGUGAAAAACGGAGAAAACCAACUUAGGAAAGCAGCCGAGCAAGGACAGCAGGAUCCCAAUAAAAACCUCGCUGCUCCGUCAGUGACGACGGGUCUAAACAUAACUUCUGAGAAGUUGGAGGGGAAGGAACCAAGCCAACAGGACUCUUCCAGCAGUGAAAUCCUGCCCACCCAACACCGAAGAUCGAAGAGCUUCCUAAACUACUAUGCAGAUCUUGAGACAUCAGCCAGGGAGGUGGAACAGAAUUAUGGGGAGAGCCAAGUGAUGGCGGAGGAGAAGUUGCCUUCGCAGUGCAAUAGCCAAGCCUCCAUGGUCAUGGUGAACGGAGAUACCUUGACUCAGAAGCAAAACAAGGCAGCAAGUCCCGAAGAUGGGCCAGCAGCAACCAUCUCUUCCAGUCCAGAGACUAAAAAGGAUCACCCUAAAACUGGUGCCAAGACAGAUUGCGCGCUACACAGGAUCCAAAACCUGGCUCCGAGUGAUGAAGACUCUAGCUGGACCACACUGUCUCAAGACAGCGCUUCUCUGAGUUCUCCGGAUGAAACAGAUAUUUGGAGCGAUCAUUCCUUUCAAUCCGACCCUGAUCUUCCACCGGGUUGGAAGAAGAUCAGCGAUAUAGCGGGAGUCUAUUACUGGCACAUACCCACAGGGACCACUCAGUGGGAACGCCCCGUCUCGGGGCCCACCGAUCUUCAAUGCUCGAGAAAAGGUUCGCUGAGUUCUCUCACCUCGUCGCCUACUCCAGAAACCGAGAAACAGCCGUGGAGUGAUUUUGCAGUGCUGAAUGGGGGAAAGAUUAAUAGUGACAUUUGGAAGGACCUUCACGCGGCCACCGUGAAUCCAGACCCCAGUUUAAAAGAGUUUGAAGGGGCUACCUUGCGAUACGCAUCCCUGAAGCUCAGAAAUGUUCCGCAGUGCGACGAAGACGAUUCCUGUAGCAUCAAUAGCGAUCCAGAGGCUAAGUGCUUCGCGGUUCGUUCCUUGGGCUGGGUAGAGAUGGGGGAGGAAGAUUUGGCGCCUGGAAAAAGCAGCGUUGCGGUGAACAACUGCAUCCGACAACUCUCCUACUGCAAGAACGACAUAAGAGACACCGUGGGCAUUUGGGGAGAGGGGAAAGACAUGUAUCUUAUCCUGGAGAACGAUAUGCUAAAUUUGGUUGACCCCAUGGAUCGUAGUAUUCUUCAUUCUCAGCCCAUCGUUAGCAUCCGAGUUUGGGGAGUCGGUCGAGAUAAUGGCCGAGAUUUUGCCUAUGUCGCCAGAGACAGAGAAACCCGAAUUUUGAAAUGCCACGUGUUCCGAUGUGACACCCCAGCAAAAGCCAUCGCCACGAGCCUCCACGAAAUCUGUUCGAAGAUUAUGGCUGAACGGAAGAAUGCUAAAGCUGUGGCUUGCAACCCAUUGCAGGAACGGUCCAACGUCGCCCUUGAGGUUCCUUUGCAAGUAGAUUUUCCAACACCAAAGACUGAGUUGGUCCAGAAAUUUCAUGUGCAGUACCUGGGCAUGCUACCUGUAACUAAGCCAGUGGGUAUGGACAUGCUGAAUGGGACUAUAGAAAACCUUAUGGAGUCCUCUAACAGAGAAGACUGGAUGCCUGUCACCAUGAAUGUGGCUGAUGCUACUGUUACCGUCAUCAGCGAUGGAAAUGAAGAGGAGAUUGUGGUGGAAUGUCGUGUCCGCUUCUUGUCCUUCAUGGGCGUGGGAAAAGACAUACAUACAUUCGCCUUCAUUAUGGACGCGGGAAACCAGCAUUUUGAGUGUCACGUCUUCUGGUGCGAACCCAACGCUGGCAACGUUUCCGAGGCCGUUCAGGCGGCUUGUAUGCUGCGGUAUCAGAAGUGUUUGGUCGCCCGACCUCUUUCUCAGAAAGUCCGCCCUCCUCCUCCUCCAGCAGACUCCGUGACAAGGCGGGUCACCACCAACGUGAAACGCGGGGUCCUCUCCCUGAUUGACACUUUGAAACAGAAGCGUCCUGUGACUGACAUGCCAUGACGGAUCUGCGGGUUCACCCAGCCCCCCCCCCCCCGGGCGUUCCCCCGAAACGUCACGCAAAAAAAAGAGAGAGAGAGAGAGAGAGAGAGAGAGACAGCAGCUGCGUUUGAAAAGAAAGAAGACUGGAUGAAGGCCUUCCUUCCUUCCUUCCUUCCUUCCUUCCUUCCUUCCUUCCUUCCUUCCUUCCUUCCGUUGGAAACCUUCACUUUCAGAAAAGUUACUGGAAAAUAAUAUUAGACAAGCAUGUUCUCACUCUUGCCGCCACCGAGUAAUAUUGAAAAGAAGCAUGACCUUUGGUUUUUUUUUUAACGUUCAUUUGAUUUUUUUUUAUUUUAUUUUUUUUUUGCUCCUUGUGAGAUCCGGGAAGUAGAAGGCCUUGCUUUCUGAUUGUAAAUAGGACGAACCUGACUUGGAUUCAGACUUCCGGAAGGGAUGGGUGCCUCAGAUGACCGUUCAUCUUCGCGAAGAACCCAACCCGAGAAUUCCCAUCGCUCCCGAGCACUUUCCCUCUUUUUUUAACAGUGAAUUUACACAACCAAGUAUUAGUUAACUCUUGUAUUAUUAUACUACUAAUACCAAGCUUCUUCUUUUUUUUACAAAAAAAAAAGAGCAUUCGUGAUUAACCUUCCAUCUUGUGCGCCCUAGUCAUCCCUUCGUCUCCGAGACGCUGGUCAGGUGUCCUGCCGUGGAGAGAGAGAAGACCCCGUCCACGCAGGAAGAAUUGCGCCAGCCGGGUGACGACACCUUGUGGCCAAACCCCGUUGCAUGCGUAGGUCACACCGCACAUCGCAAGUGUUGCAGCAUCUGUUCCUUCAUUUGUCUCUUUCUAGCACAAAUGUACGUACGGUGAAGAAGACGGACGUGUACCAUAAAAUAUCUCUUCUGUGUG